AUGGACGAUAAUCAUUUUGCAUGGAUCCUAUGGUAUAUAUGGAAAGGAAGGAACAAUAAGGUCUUUAGCAAUUUGGAUAUUGAUCCCCGUGAUACCCUCAAGUUGGCGGAAACAGAAUCGGCCCUCUGGGCUGAGGCGCAAAUUAAAAAUGAACAGGGAUCUGAUCAGACCCGAUUGGUAGUGAAUGCGACAUUGCCCACUAUCUCCGGUAGAUGGUGUUUCACGGAUGGUUCAUGGAAGGAAAAUGAUCGGUUUUCGGGACAAGGAUGGUGUAGUACUCUAGAAAGUUUUGACAGUUUGAUGGGAGCAAGGAAUACUAGAGCGGGUCAAUCCCCACUGCACUCGGAGAUAGAGGCGCUCAUAUGGGCAAUGGAAUGUAUGAGGAACUUAAGACAAUAUAAUGUUACUUUUGCGACAGAUUGUUCUCAGUUGGUGAAGAUGGUUUCUGAACCCGAAGAAUGGCCCGCAUUUGCAAGUUAUUUGGAAGAUAUCAAGAUCCUGCAAAGAAGUUUCCACAGCUCAGAGCUCAUCCAUAUACGAAGGACGCUAAACACAAGGGCAGAUAGUCUAGCACGCAGUGCAAGAAAGCAACUCUUGUUUGUAGUCCACAUGGAUGCGGAGCUACCAGUUUGGUUCACAGAGUCUAUAUGA